GAAUAUGCUGAUUGAUUCUUUUUGCUUAAUGUAUGAAAUUUUAUUCUUUCUAAUACCUCAUUAGCUAUAUAUUUAGAUAAAGAGAACUAAUUAAUUCUUGUUUCUUAAUUGAACAAAAUCCGAUUCAAUUUCUGUGGCGCCAACUGUGUUAUCACAUAUGAUCGAGCAGAGCAUCGUUUACGUCAGUCGUGCUGGGAGCUACUCUGUUUGCUGUCUCCAUCGUUCAAAACCCAACCUGAUUCGCCUCGUCAGCCAAACUUCUUCGUAUACAAUCGAAGCAAACAUUCUUCUCAGCCUGAAUUAUGCCUCUGAAUAUGCCUUUGAAUAUGCCUUUGAAGAUGCCUUUCAAGAUGCCCGAGAUGAGCGAUGUAUUUGAGAAAGAUGACACAACUCCAACAACUUCAACAUCCCCGAUACUUACCCCUACACAUUCCUCCAUCGAUGAUUAUUUCGGCAAAACCAUCGACAAUGCAGUGCCUGAGCCUGGAGGAAUAUUUAUGAUCCGCAAACGAGGCUAUGGGAAAAUGAUUACCCUCGAAGAUGGCAAUUUACAACUAAAACCCGAUAGCGGGAUGGGAGGUUGCCAUUGGGUUUGCGUCGAGAAGGACGGCUGGCUUGGGUUUCGCAACUGCAUAUCGGGAACAUAUAUAGGACACGACGGGCGUGGGAAGUUCUAUGCUAAAGCCACUCGCCAUAAGGAUUAUGAAUCUUUCUGUGUGAGAAAACAUCCGGACGGAGACUAUCUGCUGUUGACAAGACAUUGGUCCAAACUUUGGAAGAUGGAUAUCAAAAGGAAUGGUGAUGGAUUGAACGAGCUGGUUGAGACCGAAACUGGAGGAACUACUUGGCAAUUUGUAAAGGUCAUAUAGAGGGUUGGCGAAGAAUGAAUGAAUAGUUGGCUCCUUGAGAGAUGGCAUUGGAGUUCAAGCCGAUCAUAAAUUGCACUUCUCCUUGGCUGAUUUUUCUAAUCGAGUUUACAGUAAGCAAGCAAAAAAGAAACGCGUUAACGAAAUGGAAUCUCAUCUCAUCUCAUAUCAUCA